CUUGCUGCCUUCACCAGCCAUUGAAACACUCAGAAACCUGCAAUCCAUGCGCUGAUUGUUCCAAAAUCUGUGUGCACCUGGGAAGUCAUUGCUUGAGAGGGAAGCCAACCCAAAGGCCUGUGGAAAAGGAGUGACGCCCACCUAACCACGGUAGUCCAGCAAAUACACUGCAGAAGAAGAGGCGGUGGAGGAAACUAUGUCGAAUGUUAUCUUGGAGGGUAUCUUUCUGAAACGCUCUCAGCAGAAGAAAAAGACUUCCCCUCUCAACUUUAAGAAGCGCCUCUUUCUGCUGACAGAGAGCAAACUCUCCUACUAUGAGUAUGACUUUGAGCGUGGGCGACGAGGAAGUAAGAAGGGGUCGGUGGACAUAGAGAAAAUCACCUGCGUGGAGACUGUGGUUCCAGAGACCAACCCCCCUCCAGAGCGACGGGUCCCACAAAAAGGAGAGGAUUUAAAUGAGACAGAACAGAUCUCCAUCAUAGAGCGGUUCCCGUAUCCUUUCCAGGUGUUGUAUGAUGAAGGACCCCUCUAUGUCUUCUCACCAACAGAGGAUUUACGGAGCCGCUGGAUUCACCAGCUGAAGAAAGUGAUCCGCUACAACAGCAACCUGGUGCAGAAAUACCACCCUUGCUUCUGGACUGAUGGCGUAUACCUCUGUUGCUCCCAGACAGCCAAACUAGCCAUGGGCUGCAAAAUUGUGGAGAGCCGAUCUGGAAGUUUCAGAAAUGUCCGUUCUCACCACAAAGUAGAGAAGCCUCUACCACCUACUCCAGAGGAGGACCAGAUGAUGAAAAAGCCAUUACCCCCUGAGCCGACAGCCAGCUCGUCAUCCAAGAUGAAGAAGGUUGUGGCGCUCUAUGACUACACCCCAAUGAAUGAACAGGACUUGCAGCUGCAGAAAGGUGAAGAGUACAUUAUAUUGGAGGAGAGCAACGAACUGUGGUGGAGAGCCCAGAGCCAGAAUGGGGCAGAAGGUUAUAUUCCUAGCAAUUAUGUCACCGAAACAAGAGACUCCCUGGAGAUGUUCGAGUGGUAUUUGAAAAACAUAACCCGAAGGCAGGCAGAGCAGUUCCUGAAGCAAGAGGGCAAAGACGGAGGUUUCAUUGUCCGGGAUUGCACUAGAAAGACUGGGAAAUACACUGUCUCUGUUUUUGCCAAGUCAGCAGGGGAACCCCAGGGCAUGAUCCGCCAUUAUGUUGUGUGCUCCACGCCCCAGAACCAGUAUUUCCUGGCAGAGAAGCACCUCUUCAACACCAUCCCAGAGCUCAUUAACUAUCAUCAACACAACUCGGCUGGACUUAUUUCCAGACUGAAGUAUGCUGUUUCAUCCAAACAAAAAAUGGCGCCUUCCACAGCAGGACUUGGAUAUGGUGCAUGGGAGAUUGAGCCGAAGGACCUGACGUUCCUGAAGGAGCUGGGAGUGGGGCAGUUCGGAGUGGUGAAGCACGGGAAAUGGAAAGGCCAGUAUGACGUGGCGAUCAAGAUGAUCAAGGAAGGCUCCAUGUCGGAGGAUGCAUUCAUAGAUGAGGCCAAAGUCAUGAUGAACCUUUCUCACGAGAAGCUAGUACAGUUGUUUGGGGUCUGCACCAAGGAACGACCCAUCUUGAUUGUAACGGAGUACUUGGCCUUAGGUUGCCUCUUGACCUACCUGCGGGACACUCGUCGAUCUUUCCAGAGUACUGAGCUUCUAGAGAUGUGCAAGGAUGUCUGUGAGGCCAUGGAGUACCUGGAAUCCAAGCAGUUCCUGCACAGAGACCUGGCUGCUCGCAACUGUUUGGUCCACAAACAAGGCACCAUCAAAGUAUCUGAUUUUGGACUCUCCAGGUACGUCUUGGAUGAUGACUACAUAAGCUCCAUGGGGUCCAAGUUUCCAGUCCGGUGGUCACCUCCAGAGGUUCUUCUGUACAGCAAGUUCAGCAGCAAAUCAGAUAUCUGGGCUUUUGGUGUUCUAAUGUGGGAAGUUUACACACUGGGGAAGAUGCCCUAUGAGAGGUUUAACAACAGUGAAACAACGGAGCAUGUGACCAAAGGACUACGUCUCUAUCGCCCCCAGCUGGCUUCUGAUAGAGUCUACUCCAUCAUGUACAGCUGCUGGCAUGAGAAAGCUGAGGAGCGCCCGACCUUCCAAGCCCUCCUGGGAAACAUUUUGGAUUUAGCAAAUGAAGACCCUUGAACAGCCUCCAGCAUCCAACUGGUAGUGCAUUACUAUUUGACUGAGGCUGUCUUUAUGUUUCCUGAAGAAUUCCUAUACAGACACUGGAUGGAUGUAUCUGCAGGAGCCCAUCAUGCCCCUCACCCCAGAGGCAGAAGUUAACUGGAGCUGUCAAACAAUACAGAUUCUAUUUUUUGCCUUCGUGUAAUAAUUGGAUUGUUUCUGAAGUCACUGAAUGCUAGAGGACAGAUCAAUUAUGAUGACAAAUGCUGGUUGGGACCCCUCUUUGGCGGAGGCAAAUUCCUUUCAACCCAGUGUCAGAAUACAUGGAUAUAAUUUUAAAUGGUAUGGUGAAUGGACAUAUCUUCUCAAGGAUGCAAACUUUUUAAAAAUUUGCUGUGCAGUGCUGGAAUAACAAUGACAAGAAAGAUGCAGAAAUGAAAGAUGUUUCAUAAAAAGGAAUGAUAGCUGACCAUCUUAAUUAUGUUUUCUGGAUCACUUCUGCAAGAAUCCAAGACAGUGUUCUGAUUGACAGCAUAACUGCAUUCAUCUGAUUUAUGCCCCUGUUUUUAUUUUUCAGACAUUUGCCAUUCACAUGUACUUUGUCUUGCUCAGAAACUGCAGGUUUCUGUUUUUAACUUGUAUUAAUAUUAUAUAUAUUGGAUUA